GAAAAAUGUCACGUCUGUUUUUGUUUGGAAACAGGAGAUCUCGAAAUAGGAUCGAGCAAGAAUUAAAGGGCCGGUUUUAGUUUCCUUAGUGCCAUGUCCAAGCCUUCCCUCAUCACAUUCACCCCAGCCACAGACCCCAGUGACCUAUGGAAGGAUGGGCAACAGCAGUCAGAGCCUGAAAAGCCAGAGCCCACCCUGGAUGGGGCUGCAACACGGGCUUUCUAUGAGGCACUGAUUGCAGAUGAGAACAGUACACCUGAACCCCAGAGAUUUCGGCCUGAUCCUGUUAGGGAGAAAAAAAGGAAGAAAAGAAGAAUGACAAGGGAGGCUGCAGGAGAAGCAGUGGCAGUAGGAAUAUCAGGAAGACAUGGACAAGGCAGAUCCUUUGAAGCUGAGGACAAAAUGACCCAGUGGAUAUUGAAGGCUGCCCAAGAGGGGGACCUGGCAGAACUUCGAAGGCUGUUGGAGCCCUGUGAGGCAGGGGGAGCUGGAGGGAAUAUCAACGCUMGAGAUGCCUUCUGGUGGACACCUCUGAUGUGUGCUGCUCGAGCUGGCCAGAGUGCUGCUGUGCACUAUCUUCUGGGCCGAGGGGCAGCCUGGGUGGGGGUCUGUGAGCUGGGUGGCAAGGAUGCUGCUCAGCUGGCUGAAGAAGCAGGCUUUGCCAAGGUGGCCCGCAUGAUCAGGGAGAGCCAUGGAGAGACACGGAGCCCAGAGAACCGGUCUCCUUCGCCCUCCUCUCAGUACUGCGAGACCUGUGAUGCCCAUUUUGAAGACUCCAACCACUGCACAUCCACUGCUCAUCUGCUGUCACUGUCCAGGGGUUCCCAGCCCCCUAGCCUUCCCUUUGGGGUGCCCACCUCCAGCCCUGGUUUCAAGCUGCUGCUGAGGGGAGGCUGGGAACCAGGAAUGGGGCUGGGACCCCGGGGUGAAGGCCGUGCCAACCCCAUACCUACUGUCCUCAAGAGGGACCAAGAAGGUCUAGGUUACAGAUCAGCACCCCAGCCCCGAGUCACACAUUUCCCAGCUCGGGAUACCCGGGCUGUGUCUGGGAGAGAGAGAGCUCCUCGAGUGGCCACACUUAGCCGGAGGGAGAACAGAAAGCAAGAGGAGAAGGACAAGGCCUGGGAGCGGGAUCUGAGGAUAUACAUGAACCUUGAUUUCUGACAUAGGUGAAAUCUGAUGUUGGUCUGCUUUGAAUUCUGAACUUGGAUCUCUGACUUGGGCCCUUCRACUUAUGUUUUCUGGGAUCUGCCCAGGUGCCAGAUCUUCAGGUUUUGGUUGUUGGACACUGAUUUGGGGAGGAAGGGCUGAUAAUUGAGAAAUAAACAUCUUGUAUUGU